AUGGUGGAGAAACUCCUGGCUCUCGCUCAGGAUGAAACCUGUGACUAUGACUCUCUUCUGUGGGCCAUUGACGAGGCCACACCAUACAAGCAAAAGGUGGGUACGGCCACCUUCUGGGUCGAAACUGGUGGGGCGAGCAGGGGCCUCGAUAUCCGGUUCUACGUGGACAUCACCAACAUCCGGUACAAUUUCGACUCUGUCGAUUUGAUGAAAGUACUUCGUCGCCUUAAGACGUUGCCUCUGUUUCAGGGAUUCAGAUCGACGAACGCAGGCACGUCGUGCCACACGAAUGCUUGGCGCAUCUACUUUUGCACCGAUGACAUGCCGACGAACCUCAUCAUCAACAACCACCCUGUGGACCAAUUACGGUUCCAGGGAGGGACAUAUGCGACCGUGGUGUGGAUUGCUCCACCGUAUCCGACUCUCUGGGUUAAGCGAAUACACGUCAAAAACAAGCGAUUGGAAUGGCAUCCCGACAACAUGACCCUUAAACAGGUCAUUUCUGCUCUCCAGGAGGCAGACCAGUCGGAAGUGAGUCCUGCAUCACAACAGGUGCAGCGCCAGGAGCUAAUUCAGGACAUGACCCCCGAGUCGCUGACGCUUGCACACCGCGUCAAGCCUGAGGAACUUUGGUUGGGUCUCCACCGAUCCCCGCUGCAGGGUAACGUUACGUUGUCCACCCUCUACUCUGACGACCGUGUGGGGUUCGACCAAACUGUGCGCUUGCAUUCUUGGCAUAGAUAG